AAAUAGAUAAAUGUACGAUACCAAAUAUGAGGAAUUCCCACAGACAAGACGUUCGUCGCUCCUUCUGCCGAUGUGCCGAGGAAUGUUAGAAUUUUGGUCUUUGACUACAACCACCAACAAUCGUUCUUGCCUUCCUUCAAUGAUUACCUUCCAGGAAGAUAGUGGUUUUUUUUUCCUUCAACGGGCUUCCAAUCUCGUCGCCAUGUUUCAACAACAAUGGAUCUGCAUCGAAGAGUCGUGUUCAAGAUGCGCUUCCUUUGUCGCUUUCGGUCGUAUCUUCGUCGCCGAAAGCGGUAGACGUCCACGACUCGAAAGGUGAAAGAAAGUAUUACGAACAAGGACUUCAAAGUAGGCCGGAUCCGGAUUGGCAAUAGUCGACCGUCGUUGAUUUUACAGGUAAAUCAUGGGGCCUCGAAACAUGUCUCGUACGCAGUCUUCGACGCAACGGUUCGACGCACUGUUACAACAUCGCCAUGGCACCAAAACACCCCAUCGAAGACGACGAAACAGACGAGGGCCCAGACCCAAAACGUCUGAAAGAAGAUGAUGGAGAAGAGGAAGAGGAAGAGGAUAUAAACAUGGAUGACUACGCGGAUCCCUCACCUGAAACAGAAGAGGAUGAAGAUAAUGAGGACUUUGGCAUGGACGACGCAACAGACGAGGAGAAGGAGGAGGAGGAGGAGGAGGAGGAGGAGGAGGAGGAGGAAGCGAGUCCGAAACGCCAUUUUACUCCAGUCGUGCUCGAAGCCCUUGAUUAUGGUGAAGGAAACUUCCCUGGAGAUCUCGCCUUUCCAGCAGGGAUCAGAGAGCCUACAGUUGCAGGUGCCGCGAGAAAUCUGGCGGCAUCUGCACUUGCCAAAGCGAUCAAGGGCUCGAGGAAGGAAUUCAAAUAUCUUGAUGUCCUGCCUGGAGAAUGGAUAGGUGUCCAGAAGAUGCUGGGAAGUGGUGGACAAGGUUGCACUCGACUGUUCGUCAGAGUCGAUGACCAGAACAAGAUUACCGAGCGUAUCGCCGUCAAGGAGUCUCUUGCAAAAAUGGCCCGCUGGAUGGAAGAGGACAUGUGGUUCCCAGGCAGAUAUGGAAAGGAUCCCCAAGAGUCAAUCAUUCACAAGCUUUUGACGAUGGUAACUCCUCAGAGGUGGGAGCGUUACAUCAUCGGAUAUCUCGGCCAUACCAUCAAUCACGAGUUGAAAUCGCACAGAACCUACAUGGAAUACGUAGAGGGGGGUGAUCUUGAUGACUUGUUCCAAGCUCACAAUCGGCAUUACAAUCAUCCCAAUCCGCAUGGAGGUGAUCCCAUAGCCUCCCCUCGUGGCACUGCCCCUUCUGAAAGUUUUAUUUGGUAUUUCUUGAAGCAAAUGGCUAUUGCGUUGCACCGCAUGAACAACAUCCCUUUGGACGCAUAUGAAGAUCAAUAUGUGGUCCAUCAAGACAUCAAACCAGCCAACAUCUUCCUGGGAAAUCCCGACCCAACUGAUUUCCCGAAAUAUCCGGUGUUGAAGCUUGGGGACUUCGGCUCCUCAAGAAUCACGCAUAAAUACGACAAAAACAAUCCCUCUGGAUUUGAUGAUCCUCGAACGCACGGCUAUAAGUGUGCUGAGAUGUCACAUUAUGUGACUGACAAGAAUGACUUGGGAACUCGGCUCUGCCACAAAUGUCUGGCAAAUCGCAAUGACAGCCGUCACACUAAUGAGACUGGAAUGGCCUCCUUACAUCGACUACUCAACCACAGAACUCGAAGACACAAAGGUGAGCCUCGACGACGUCAUGAUGGACUACAGUCUAGAACUCCGAGAAUUGGUGGAAGCAAUGUUGGAGGUUGAUCCAGCGGAUCGUCCGACCCCAGAGAUGAUCCUCGAGCAAUUCUACACGUGGCAAGAUAGGUGGCAUCGCAUGGCCACAGCACCGAAGUGUCAUAUGCUUGACAACGUGAAUGAUUGGUUGCAUUGGAGACCGGGUACUCAGUGGCAGGUUGACGACUUCUUCGAGAUUGCAGUAUAUUCCGAUCCUCCGCUUAGUCAAAGGGAGAAUGAGACCUCCUCGAGUGCACUUCCAGGUG